AUGAUCUGCAAUAUGGACAAGGUCAACAUCAGCAUUGCCAUCCUGCCCAUGGCCCGCGAGUUCGGCUGGUCCCCCACCGUCUCAGGCGGGUUGUGGUGGGCGGGCCUGGUCCAGUCCAGCUUCUUCUACGGCUACCUCAUCUCCCAGCUCCCCGGCGGCUGGCUGGCCGCGCGCCUGGGCGGCCGCCGCGUGCUGCCCAUCGCGGUGGCCCUCUUCAGCGCGGCCACUGCCGGCGUGCCCUUCCUGGCGGGCACGCUGCUGGGCUUGUGCGCCGCGCGCGCGGCGGUGGGCCUAGGCGAGGCGGUGGCGCCCUCCUGCGCCACCGAGAUGAUCGCGCGCGCGGUGCCCGUGGCGGGGCGCUCCCGCGCCACCGCGGCCGUCUUCUCGGGUCUGCACGUGGGUGCGCUGGUGGGCCUGCUGGCCGCGCCGCCGCUGAUCGCCGCCGGCGGCUGGCGCGCGGUGUUCUACGUCUUUGGCGGCGCCGGCCUCGUGUGGUGCCUGGGCUGGGAGGCCCUGCUGGCGCGCCUCCAGCGCCAGGACCCGGCCAUGGUGGCCCUGCUGGACGGCAGCCGCGGGCCGCGGCCCGCCCUGGCCUUUGCCCACUUCUGCAACAACUGGUUCCACUACGUCAUGCUGGCCUGGCUACCCACCUACUUCACCGACCGUCUGGCGCUCGACCUGGACGGCGCCGCGCGCUUCGCUCUGCUGCCGCCCCUGGCCGCCAUCGCCGUCUCCUUCGCGGCAGGCAAGAUGGAGUGGGGAGGGUCUCGGCGCGGCGUGGCGGUGGCCACGGUGCGCAAGUCUGCGCAGGGCCUGGCCUUCCUGGGGCCCGCGCUGUGCCUGCUGUGGGGCUCCCAGGCCACCGACGACGCCGGGAUCGUGGCCAGCAUGACCCUGGCCCUGGGCCUGGCCAGCUUCAGCCUGGGCGGGCUGUACAGCAACCACGCAGACCUGAGCCCGCGCUACGCGCCCAUCCUGCUCGGCAUGACCAACGUGGCCGGGGCGGUGCCGGGCAUCGUCGGCAUCGCGGGCACGGGUUUCCUGUAUGACAUGACGGGGUCUUGGGACGUGGCGCUCUUUGCGCCCUCCAUCUUCCUCUUCCUCGCUGGCACCCUGGUGUACGACGACUGA